CGCGCCCUCGGCGCGAAGGCCGUCGUUAUGCAACUGGUGGCGGCGGUGCGCGGGGCCGUGCGCUCCGUGCAAGCGCGGCUCCUCUGCGCAACAAAAGGCGGCUGCACCCUUCGGGGAACAAUGCAGAGCGCCCUGCUGCUGCUGCGUCUGCGUCCUAUAGGCAUUGCACGGACUCGGAGGCCUCGUCUUGCUGCUGCCGCUGCCUCUGGUAUUUAAAUGCAGUAAUGCUUUAGAGGUGUGCCCUUUCUUUUCGCAAAGGCGCACCUUUCUGCUUCCAGACAAAGGAUCCUCAAAUAAGAAAAGAAGAUGAACGUCGGGGUUGCCCACAGUGAAGUAAACCCCAACACAAGAGUAAUGAACAGCAGAGGAAUGUGGCUCACAUACGCUCUUGGGGUUGGCUUGCUCCAUAUUGUCUUGCUCAGCAUCCCGUUCUUCAGUGUUCCGGUUGCGUGGACCUUAACCAAUGUUAUUCACAAUUUGGGAAUGUAUGUAUUUUUGCAUGCUGUAAAGGGGACACCAUUUGAAACACCUGACCAAGGCAAAGCAAGACUGCUGACGCACUGGGAGCAGCUGGACUACGGCGUGCAGUUCACAUCCUCCCGGAAAUUCUUCACAAUCUCUCCAAUUAUUUUGUAUUUCCUGGCAAGCUUCUACACAAAAUAUGAUCCGGCACAUUUCAUCCUAAACACGGUUUCUCUCUUAAGCGUACUUAUUCCUAAAUUGCCACAGCUGCAUGGAGUCAGAAUCUUUGGGAUCAACAAGUAUUAAGCAGGAGAAACGAAACUAAGAGCAAUCUGACCACAACAUGGUAUUGGCUGCUUGUUUCCCUUGGCAGAAGGAACAGUUUGCAGUGCCACUUAUCUAAUAAUCUACAACAAGACUUUCUACUCCCAAGAUGUGUGCUAUUCUUUCAAAGCUAUGCGGGAGAGGAAUAAGACUUUCUGAAGACGUAUCAAACUUAAGUGGUAUAUCUUUGGAGGAAAGGCAUAAGGAGCUAGGCAGGCCUAGUUCUAUUAUGUUAGGUGCACUUGCAGGAUAUAUGCCAAGCUAGCAUAAAUGAGUCUCAAAAGGAGAAUGAGUAAUUUGAUUGAAGCAUAGGCAUAAUGUUUCACAAACUUAAGACAGCUGUGGCAACGCAAAGUGCUUUGGGAAAAGAAGGGGGAAUUGCCCCAGUUCUCCAUUGUAAUGCUUUUUGGGUGUUUUUUAAUUUUAUUAUUUUACAUCCAGGAUUUUAUCUCCAGCUGCAGGAGUUGCCAGGUUAACAACAAAAGCAAGUGCUGUGACUCCAUUGUAAUGGAUUUAAGUUCAGGGGGCUGAGGUCAAAUUUAAAGUCUUUGUUUCAUACAAAUUUAAACCAAAUCAAUGUUUUCCAGACAAAGCUGACCAUUCUGAAACAUUCAGAGUAUCUAAACUUACAAAAUGAUCUGUAGAACUGGGUUCUUUUCUGCUUUGGCUUUGCCUUCAGUGCAAACCGCUAAAUAAUUUUUCACUUCCGGAGAUUGCUCGCAAAAAUGAGAGCCCUGUUUCAGUUAGUAGAAACGCUGUCUCCAGUAGAAUAUCUGGCCUUGUACAGGCAACAACCAUUUUGCACGGGGGUUAAGGACCUGACCCCCGUGUGCAUCGGCUGAGUUCGCAUAAGCCCGCUCUGCCCUGUUGUGCCCACGCCCCCCCUUUUCCGGAUACUUCCUUGUCGCACGUGUGCAAUCACACACAUAUUGGACACGUGCAAAACAUUCAUUGCCUGUACUCAGCUAGAAAUUGCCACGCGAUGGGUAACACACGACACCAUAAUGUGUUGCCUCCAGAUUUCCGCACCCACCCCCUUGUGCUUUACGCAAAUUGUGAAAAUUAAGGGUGGACUGUAGGCUUGAUUAGAACUGUGUAAACUGGGGAAAAUUUUGCCUUAAGAGCUUAAGGUCUUUGUUUCAGUGUUUGCUACUACCUGAUAUGGCAAAUACCUCUUGGAGAAAACAUUUUGUGUAACCCAAGGAAGAGGCAUGUGUUUCCCCCUGUUGAAUGGGGAACGGCUGUGACUUGGUAGCAAAGAGACGCACCUUGCUUCAAUUAAAACUCUGCCUCAUUGCCUACAGAGACGAGUGAAUUCAAGCUAGUAGUGAUUAUGCACUAAUGGGCUACCUUCAAUAAACUGUACUUUCCUUGGACUCUGAAAAUGUCUGUUAAAAUAUCAAUGUUUUAUAUUAAUAAAGUGAAUGACUUUGA